AUGAGUAAAAAGAUAAACAAUUCAGCUUACAGUCAAUUCUUUCUUCUUUGCAUCACUCUGAUGCAUGUUACAAGUUUAACAACAACUAGAAAACUGGCUGAAAAUGAGACGGAUCUUGUUGCCUUGGAGAGCUUCAAGAAAAAUAUUAUCCAUGAUCCUCAAGGGGUCCUGAAUUCCUGGAAUGAUUCUCAUCAUUUCUGUGAGUGGGUGGGCAUCGCUUGCGGCCGCAAACAUAGAAGAGUCACCGUGCUAGACCUAAAUUCAAGAGGUUUAAUUGGGUCUCUGACGCCUUACAUCGGCAACCUCAGCUUCCUGAGGGAUAUUAAAAUGUGCAACAACAGCAUCCAUGGUGAAAUCCCUAACGAAAUGGGCCACCUGCGAAGGGAAAAUUCCAUCGGAGUUGGCCUCCUUGUACAAUCUCAAAGACGUAUUUCUACACGGGAACAAGUUGACAGGUGGCAUCCCAGCUUUUCUUGGGAACCUUCCUCCCUGGAAGUUAUAUCCAUUUGUUGCAAUGGAUUGGGAGGAGUUAUUCCAGAAUCAUUGGGUCGACUUAAAAGUUUAACAAAGCUUGGACUCGGCGGAAACAACCUAUUCGGCACAGUCCCGCCUUCCUUGUACAAUCUUUCCUUCCUGGAAAUUUUUUCUGUGUCUAACAGUCAACUUCAUGGAAGUUUACCAACAAAUUUAGGGCUUACUCUUCCCCAACUUCAAUUUUUUCAAAUCUCAGAAAACUUAUUUAGUGGAUCCAUAGCAGUUUCUUUGUCCAAUGCUACAAAACUUCAGUUCAUUGAAACGCGUGAUAACAAUUUGUCUGGAAAACUGCUAGUUGAUUUUGGACGCAUGAAAGAUCUUGGAAUCUUGAAUGUUGGCAUCAAUAAUUUAGGAGGCGGUGAAGGUGAUGAUAUGAGUUUUAUCGAUUCUUUGGUCAACUGCAGCAAUUUGUGGGGUUUGAUUUUAUCUGAAAACCAACUCAGAGGAGAAUUACCCAAUUCAUUAACUAAUCUGUCUAAACUCGAAGAACUAUACAUUGGUACCAAUCAAUUGUAUGGAAGCAUCCCUCCAGGGGUAGGUAAUCUUGUUAACUUAGAUUUAUUAGCAAUGGAGAAUAACCAAUUUGCAGGUACACUUCCCAAAGAAAUGGGUAACCUUCUUAAAGUAAGGGGAAUGACUCUUUUCAACAACCAACUUUCCGGAAAUAUUCCUUCCUCUCUGGGAAACUUGACACUGCUUAUUAAACUUCGUAUAAGCAACAACAAGUUAUCAGGAGUCAUUCCUUCUAGUCUGGGAAAUUUGAAACAGUUGAUAUUUCUGGAACUUCAACAAAAUAACCUCAACGGAACCAUACCAAAAGAGAUCUUCAAUAUAACUUAUCUGUCAAUUUCGCUAAAUUUAGCCCAAAACCAUUUGGUAGGUACCAUACCUCCAAACAUCGGUAAUUUGAAAGUUUUAUCAGAGUUUGAUGUGUCACACAAUAACUUGUCUGGCGAAAUUCUAACUGAAAUCAAUCUUUGUUCUAACCUUGAAUUCCUUAAAAUGGAGGACAAUUAUUUUCAUGGAUCUAUUCCUCCAUCUUUGAGUUCUUUGAAAGGUGUUCGAAAUAUUGAUCUUUCUUAUAAUAAUUUGUCUGGGAAAAUUCCAAAAUUCUUGGAGGUUCUUCCUCUCGAGAAUCUAAAUUUAUCAUUCAACAAUUGUGAGGGGGAAGUACCAGUGAAGGGAGUUUUCUCCAAUGCAAGUGCAAUAUCCGUCUUUGGAAACAGUGAUAAACUUUGCGGGGCCAUAGCUGAACUUCAUCUACCCAGAUGCACCAAUGAUCUCUCCAAGAAAGAACGGAUCUCCCCUAGAAAAUCAACAAUCUGA